AUGGAAUUUGACGCGAUAGUGCUUGGAACCGGGCUUUCCGAGUCGAUUGCAGCUGCUGCGCUUUCCAAGGUCGGCUACAGGGUCGCCCACAUUGACACAAAUGCCUAUUACGGCGGCGACCAAGCCUCACUCACCCUCGACGAGCUCGUAGAGUGGGCCACUCUGCGAAGUCGAGAACACGACGCCUCCGCCGAUCCCUCGUUCUCGUACUUCGCCCGUCAGCGUGCGCGUUACUCGUCCAUCGCCCAUUCUCCGUCCAUCCCACCUCAGUCACGACAGUACUCCAUCUCCCUCGCGCCGUCGAUCGUUCCCUCUGUCGGUCCCCACAUCGACUCUCUUAUCGCGUCCGGCGUCUCUCGCUACGGCAGCUUCAAGCUCCUCGAGAAGGUCGCCGUCUACGAUCGCCCGGGCUAUGUCCAGAGCGUGCCCGGGAGCAAGGAGGACGUGUUCAAGAGCAAGGUCCUCUCCCUCGUCGACAAGCGCCGCCUCAUGCGCUUCCUCAUGUUCGCGGCCGGGGAGUUUGAAGGAAAUAAGGAGCUCGAGGGCAAGGAACAGACCCCGUUCACCGACUUCCUACGUGAGGCCUUCUCUCUGAACGACAAGGCGGCUACCGCUAUUGUGUAUGCACUCGCUUUCUGUAUGUCGUGUCAAGAUCCCACCCUCCCCGCACUGCUGCGAAUUCGCCAGUAUCUCCGGUCUGCUGGGCGAUAUGGCGCGUCUCCCUUCCUGGUCGGCCACUACGGUGGCUUGGGGGAAACCGCACAGGGCUUCUGUCGCACCGCCGCCGUCAAGGGCGGCACCUACAUCCUUGGACGGCGCAUUGUCUCUAUCUCCCAGCUUCCACCCUCCGACAAUGCAGACCCGAAUGAAACCGCAUAUCCGGGGUACAGCGUACGGCUAGAGGACCUCGAUGAACUGGUCAUAUCCAAGGUCCUCGUAUCAUCCCCAGACUACCUCCCAGAGUCAUUGCACAGUUCAGCCGGUUCAAGUCCUUCGUCGGAAUCUGUCAUUGCGCGCUGCAUCGCGGUAGUCGACAAGCCGCUGAUAUUCACGCCCAUGGAUGCUUCUGAGGAACCUUCCGCACCGGAUGCCGGAGACGAUGCGGAGGAAGGUGAGGAGUCACCUGCCAGGGCUCCACCAGACUACGAAGUGGAUACAGCCCUGUUGGUCUUCCCCCCUGGGUCUCUGGACGGGGGCUCCUCGACGUCGGCAGCACAUGCUAUUGUUACCGGAGAGGGUAGUAUGUCUGCGCCUCGAGGGAAAUGGAUUGUCAACAUUUCGCUCCCGCUCUCCUCAUCAUCAGCAUUUACGUCGUCCGCGGAAGAGCUUAUCAAGCCAUAUCUUGAUGCUACGCUCAGUCUCACCGCACCACCAUCGGCGGACGGAAGCGCGGCUGUCCCGCUUUUCACUGUGUUCUAUUAUCAACAUGCAGUCAACGAUACACCCAGCAGCUCCACAGAACUUACCGGGGUCGUACUCACUCCUCCAUGCACACAAGAUCUUGCCAGCAUCGCCGAUUCAGCAACACAGCAUGCAGAGGGCAUGUUCUGGACAGCGGUGGGGCAGCUCAAGGCAGCGGGAGUGAAGCGGGGAAAGGUACCCACGGGGAGGAUGGCGACCGAAGAAGUCGAGGAGGAAGGACAGCCCGAGGAGAUAGAUGCACUGUGGCCCCCGCUGGACGCAGCUGACGAGGAGGCGAUGGAUGAAUUCUAG